GGGUGGUGAACAAGGGUUUCUAUUGGAUGACGAACAGUAGUAGGGAAUAGGGAUAUCAUACCAUCUCAUAUUUGGAGGGUUUUUAUUUUUUUGGCAUUUGUGAAUUAAACGAGAGAAAGAGAUGCCGUGCCUGAAUCUGUCAACAAAUGUGAGCUUGGAGGGCGUUGAUACCUCCGCCAUCCUCUCCGAAGCCACCUCCACCGUCGCCGAACUCAUCGGCAAACCCAAAGCCUAUGUGAUGAUCGUGUUGAAGGGAUCCGUGCCGAUGGCUUUUGGAGGUAGCGAGCAGCCAGCGGCGUAUGGUGAGCUGGUGUCCAUCGGAGGUCUGAAUCCCGAUGUAAACAAGAAAAUAAGUGCUGCAGUUGCUGAGAUUCUUAGCUCCAAGCUCUCUGUUCCCAAAUCACGCUUCUUCCUCAAAUUUUUCGACUCAGAGAGGUCUUUCUUUGGAUGGAAUGGAUCAACCUUCUAGGCUAUGUGCUAUGUGUAUGUUUAUGGGUUGGUUGGAUCAGAUGAAGCAUCAAAUAUGGAUAUCAUAUCAUAUUAUUAUUAUUACUAGAAAUAUCAAAACAUUGAAAGCUUAUUAUCCAAGCACUUUCUCUUCAUGUCUCA